AUGUACGCCAAGGGCAAGGGCUCCGGCGUGCCCUCGGACGGCCAGGCCCGCGAGAAGCUGGCGCUGUACGUCUACGAGUACUUGCUGCACGUGGGGGCCCAGAAAUCGGCCCAGACCUUCUUGUCGGAGAUCCGAUGGGAGAAGAACAUCACGCUGGGCGAGCCCCCCGGCUUCCUGCACUCCUGGUGGUGUGUCUUCUGGGACCUGUACUGUGCCGCUCCCGACCGCCGGGAAACCUGUGAGCACUCCAGCGAGGCCAAAGCCUUCCACGACUACAGCGCGGCGGCGGCUCCCAGCCCGGUGAUGGGGAACCUGCCCCCCGGUGACGGCAUGCCGGGGGGGCCCAUGCCCCCCGCCUUCUUUCAGGGACCUGCGGGCUCUCAGCCAUCACCCCACGCCCAACCUCCGCCCACAACCCCGGUGCCCCCUGCUGGGCCGCACAGCCAGCCCUUCAUGUCCCCCCGCUACCCCGGCGGCCCCCGGCCCCCGCUCCGGAUGCCGAACCAGCCUCCCGUGGGUGUCCCCGGCUCCCAGCCGCUGCUGCCCAACGCCAUGGAUCCGGCCGCGCGGUCGCAGGGGCAUCCUGGCAUGGGGGGCCCGAUGCAGCGCAUGAACCCCCCGCGAGGCAUGGCCGGCAUGGCCCCCCAGACCUACGGCAGCGGGAUGCGGCCCCCCCCCAGCUCGCUGGCCGGUCCUGGCAUGCCCGCCAUGAACAUGGGUCCUGGCGGCCGCGGGCCCUGGCCGAACCCCAACGCCAACUCCAUCGCCUACUCCUCCUCGUCCCCUGGGAACUAUGUGGGCCCUCCCGGGGGUGGUGGCCCCCCCGGCACCCCCAUCCUGCCCAGCCCCGGAGACUCCACCAACUCCAGUGAGAACAUGUACACCAUGAUGAACCCCAUCGGGCCCGCGGGGAACAGGCCGAACUUCCCGAUGGGGCCCGGACCCGAGGGACCCAUGGGUGGCAUGAGCGCGAUGGAGCCGCAUCACAUGAACGGAUCCUUAGGCUCCGGGGACAUGGACGGGCUGCCAAAGAGCUCCCCCAGUAACCUGGGGGCCCUGAGCAACCCCCCCGGCACCCCGCGGGACGACGCCGAGCUGAGCAGCAAUUUCUUAAACCCCUUCCAAAGCGACAGCUACUCGCCCAGCAUGACAAUGAGCGUGUGAGCCCAGCGCCGAGGCCGCCGACAGCCAGACGCCCACACACACCAGAGAAAAAAUAAUUAAUAAUAAUUACCAAC